GUACGAGCCAGCACCGGAAGUGCGCCUGUGCCGUCUCCUUUCCUUUCCUUUCCACCCGCCCCCGGUCUCAGCCUCUCAGGCCAUGGCAGCGUCGGCAAAGACCUUCGUGCUCUACCCCUCGCUGGGCGUCGGCCACCUCAUCCCCAUGGUGGAGCUGGCCAAGCACCUGCUCCGCCGCGGCCAUAGCGCCGUCGUCGCCGUCGUCGACCCGCCGGACGGCGACGCCGCCUCGGCCGCCGCGGCCAACCCUUCCAUCGCCUUCCGCCUCCUCGCGGUCCCUCCCAGCCCGGACCCCGCCGCGCACCCGGUCAGGCGCGCCCACGACACGCUCCGCCUCGCCAACCCCGCGCUCCGGGCCUUCCUGCGCGCGCUGCCGGCCCCCGCCGACGCGCUCCUGCUCGACAUGUUCUGCGUCGACGCGCUCGACGUCGCCGCCGACCUCGCCCUCCCCGCCUACUUCUUCUUCGCCUCCGCCGCCAGCGACCUCGCCGUCUUCCUCAACUUGCCGUAUCUCUACCCCGGCCUGCCGUCCUUCAGGGACAUGGGCGACGCGCUCGUGCGCUGCCCCGGCUUGCCGCCGAUCCGCGCGGUGGACAUGCUGGUCACGGUGCAGGACAAGGAGAGCGACCUCACCAAGGUCCGGCUGUACCAGUUCAAGCGCAUCGCGGAGGCGAGGGGCGUGCUGGUCAACACCUUCGACUGGCUGGAGCCCACGGCCCUGAAAGCGCUCGCCGACGGCGUCUGCGUGCCCGACCGGCCGACGCCGAGGAUCUACUGUAUCGGGCCAUUGGUCAACAGCGGCGACGCGAGCGCAGGUGGCGAGAAGCGGCACGAGUGCCUCGCGUGGCUCGACGCGCAGCCGGAGAAGAGCGUCGUGUUCCUCUGCUUCGGCAGCAAGGGCGCCUUCUCGGCGGCGCAGCUGAAGGAGAUCGCUCGCGGGCUAGAGAGCUCCGGACACCGAUUCCUGUGGGCGGUGAGGAGCCCGCCGGCGGAACAGAGGGAGUUCCCCGAGCCGGAUCUCGAGCGGCUGCUCCCGGCUGGCUUCUUGGAGAGGACAAGAGGCAGGGGCAUGGUGGUGAAGAACUGGGUGCCGCAGGCGGAAGUGGUGCGGCACGCCGCCACCGGCGCCUUCGUGACGCACUGCGGCUGGAACUCGGCGCUGGAGGCGAUCAUGUCCGGGCUGCCGAUGAUAUGCUGGCCACUCUACGCCGAGCAGGCGCAAAACAAGGUGUUCAUGGUGGAGGAGAUGAAGAUCGCCGUGCCGUUGGAGGGGUACGAGAAGGGGACGGUGAAGGCGGAGGAGAUUGAGGCCAAGCUGAGGCUGGUGAUGGAGACGGAGGAAGGGAGGAAGCUCAGGGAGAUGCUUGCGGCGGCGAGGAAGAUGGCGUCGGACGCGAUCGGCGACGGCGGGUCUUCGGAAGUGGCAUUUGCCGAGUUCUUGAGAGAUUUGGAGAGCAGCAGCAUGGAGAACGAAGGAUGCAACAAUUGACAGAUGAACUGUGAAAGGAUGGUGGUGACAACUUACACAAUUCAGAUAAUGCAGAUUUUCAGAUAAUGUUCAUCAUAGAUGAUUAUUAUACUGUCUCGCAUUUGAAUGUUUUACAUGUACGCACAAUUACAGCUUGAAUUACUUCGGAUCUUCCAGAGGCAUUUGGGGCAAUACGUCUUUGAUUAGGACAAUAUUAACAUCAUCAAAUAGAGCAUAUCGCGGAUUACCAGCAGCUCCUAUGACUGGAAUACACAUCAAUUUUCUGUAUCUAUGGGCUCAUUGCUCAUAUAUUAUACCGGUCAAAUUGAAUAAUGACGACGUUAUCGAA